AUGCAACAAUACAAACUACAAGUAAUUCUGUAAGAAAUUAUGAAAAAAACAAUAUCCUUUUAAGGAAAAAUAAAUCAAUUUUAAAAAAAUUAAAUCUUUGAAGAAGAUUCAUUAAAGGCAAAAAUUAUAAAAUUUUAGCAAUAUAUAGUGAAAAAGAUGAAUUCUACUUGA